GGGUUGGCCGACUCAAAAUGUCUUACCUCUCUCGAGCUAUCAAGUUCACAAUGCAUAUCAAUGACAUCCAUUAGAACGCCAUUCUUACUCGAGCAGCUGUGGUGUAGAUGGUGCCGCUGACCUGCAUUCUUUAUCGACUACCUGCACACCUAUUUUCAGCCGCUCAGCUCUUGUAUGGACUGACAUCCGAGAGGAGGGGAUACUUUUGUCAAGUAGUGUAUAUGGGCAUUUGAUCAUCAAUUAUAUGAAAAUAAGGAUCGGUAAAUGUUAUUUCAAAGAACUUUUUUGUAAUAAAUUUUCUAAUAAUUGGUUCUCUUUGUUUUUUAGCAUAUUCGCGUUAAUUUUAAGUGCUGAUGAAAAUUAUCUUAUGGCAGUUAUAUUUAAAGGUUUUAAAAUCUUUUCAUUUCGAUCAUAUUUAUGGAAAACAUGUUUAUUACCUGGUAGUGUACGGAAUAUAAUGAGUGGUGCUAAACGUUUAACAUAUACAGCAGCAUUUUCUCAAGAUAAUCGUUAUUGUAUCGCAUGUAUUAAGUCAAGUGUUUAUGUAUUUGAAAUAGAAUGGGGUGAUUUAGUAGCUUCAUUUGAUUCACAUUUUGGUCGUAUACUUGUUGUAAAAUGUUUAUCAACUGGUAGUGGUGGAAAUAAUUAUGUUAUAACAACUGGUAUGGAUAAAACAACAAAAGUAUGGAAUUUACAAAAUGCCAAAGAAAAAUCAAUAUCAAAAGCACAAUUAGAUAAAUGUAUUGAAAUGAUUCAUAUAUCAACAGAGGCGAAAUUAAUAAUGGCACAAUCCCGUACCGCUUUGUGUACAAAUGGUUUAUUUGCUGCAUCAGCUGAAUCAGGUAAUUUUGUAAUAUAUGAUAUUGAAGAACGGAAAACAUCAUUUAUAACGCCAUUAACAAGUGUCUUUCAACUUCUUCUUCAUUCAGCUGAAACAAUGAUUUUAGUUUUAACUACUGAAUCAGCUUCAGCAACAACUGUAUCAAGUGCAUCACUGAAUGCACCGGUAAAUACUAGUCCAAAUGGUGAAACUAUUCGAGCUAUUUCAUAUGGAAUACCUGAUGGUGAUCUUAUUUAUGAAAUCGUAGCAAAUAUGAAACGUUCGAAUCAACCAAAAAAAGUUAUAUAUACAGCUGAUGAUACAUAUUUUGUAUUUAUUGAAGAGAAAAAAAAUACUGAAAUACUUGCAUUAUAUGAUCCCAUGACUGGUGAACAUGUACAUAAUGUUAAAUUAAGUUAUCCAGGUUAUAAAGAGAUUACUCUGAUGGUUACAAUACCAAAACAACCUUAUCUUAUUGGUUUAAUUGAUUCUGAGAAAGGAAUUGUUAUGAAUGUUAGAGAUAAAAAGGUUCAUUUAACAUUACCAAAAUGGGGUGGUCAAAUAUCAUCCGAUGGUAAAUAUGGUUUAUAUGCUCCAACACGUGGUGGUCUUGAAAUAUUUGAUUUUCGAAAUGGAAAAGUAGUUCGAACACUCAUUGGCAAGAUAGCUGAAGGUGUAUUUGAUGUGAUGACAUUUUUUACUCCAACAAAUGAACAUGUUAUAUAUUAUCAUAAAGGUAAACGAACAAUACGUGUAUUUCGUACAGAAGAUGGUCAUCAAUUAGCUGAUAUGAAAUGUCCAGCUAAAGUUCGGCAAGCAACUGCAACAAAUGACGGACGAGUAUUAGUUGUUGGAGAUGAAGAUGGAGCUAUUCAAGAGUUUUUAAUUGUUGAUCAUUCUGAUGAAUCCUUCGUUGAUUAUUUACGAAAUUGGAGAAAACACCAAUUUCAAUCAAAAGCAGAACCUGAACGACAGGAGACUGUUGAAAGACAACCUGAAUAA